UUCCAUAAAAAAUCUAUAGUGCCGUGAUUGUUUUCUCAAAACAUUGGUCAAAACAAUGAAGAAACACCAUUUCCUUAUCAUCUCUUUACCAGCACAAGGUCACAUAAAUCCCACUCUCCAGCUCGCCAAAAUACUCGCACGCGCCGGUGCACGUUGCACCUUCGUCACAUCCGUCCACGGCUUCCGCAAAAUGAACAACCUACCGUCCAUCGACGGACUAUUCUACGCCUCCAUCUCUGACGGCCACGACGACGGCAGGCCCAAAGAAAUGUACUUCGGUGACUAUUUAAACGAUUUCAAGCGCGUGGGAUCGGAAAACCUCAAAAACCUUCUUCACAAAUUUACCGACGACGGCUAUCCAGUUACUUGCUUAGUGUACACAAUUCUCUUCACUUGGGUUGCCGAAGUGGCGCGUGAAUAUCACGCGCAAUCUGCAUUUCUGGCCAUUCAAUGUGCUACUGCGUUUGCCAUUUAUUACAAUUUGUUUACUACCAAUAACGGGAUUUACAGCUCGACUACUGAAAUUGAGCCCUCAUUUCCAAUAAAAUUACCGGAAUUGCCACUAAUUUCUCGUGAUGAUAUUCCUACGUUCCUGUUACAGAGUGAUUCGGCUUCUUCUUUUAUGAUCCCUGUAAUGAGAGAACACAUAAAAAUUCUCGAAAGUGAUUCAAAUCCUCGUGUUUUAAUCAACACGUUUGACGCGUUAGAAGAGAAAUCACUGAAGAUUUUGGAGAAAAUUGGGGUAUGUUCAAUUGGUCCUUUGAUUCCUUCAGCUUUUUGCGAUGGAAAUGAUGUUAAUGACAAGUCUUUUGGAUGCGAACUGUUUGAUAAAUCUGAAAAUUAUUCACAGUGGUUGGACUUAAAAGCUGAGGGUUCAGUUGUUUAUGUAUCAUUUGGGAGUUUAGCUGUGUUAAAAGAGGAGCAAAAGGAAGAGAUUUUGAAGGGUUUAUUGGAAAGUGAAAGGCCAUUUUUAUGGGUAAUUAGAUCAAGCAAUGAAGAUGAUAAGAUCAAGAAUGAAAAUUAUGGCUUGAAUGGAAAAGGGAUGAUUGUCCCUUGGUGUUCACAAAUGGAGAUAUUUUUUCAUAAGUCAAUCGGAUGUUUCGUGAGUCAUUGUGGAUGGAAUUCGAAAGAAUAGCUUUGGGCGUGCCGCUGAUUGGGUAUCCACAGUUCUCUGACCAAGUGACAAACAUCAAGAUGGUGGAGGAAGUUUGGGGAACAGGUGUGAGAGCUAGAGCAGAAGAAGGAAUUGUCAAAAGAGAAGAGUUAAAAAGGUGUUUGGAAAUUUUAAUGGGGAAUGGAGAGAAAGGGAAUGAAAUAAGAAGGAAUGUGAAGAAAUAUGGAGAUUUGGCUAUGGAAGCCGUGAGAGGAGGUUCCUCACAUUAUAAUUUGAACAAGUUUUUAGAUAGUUUUUGAAGCAUUUUUCUCUCUUUGAUGAUUUUCAACUUCGUGUCAUUAUUUAUUUGAGGCUCGACUAAUCCGGAUUUGCAACGAAAAAUUUGGGGGUGAAGCCGCUCUCCAUCAAGAGUGACUUCAUAUUCAGUGUUUGAAUUCUAAAUAGCUGAUUAACUAACGAUGGGAGAAUACUUAGCACUCUGUCACAACUUUUAGCUUGUUUGGUAUGAGGGAUAAGUGAUAAUUAAUUUCGAGAUUAAAUUUGA